ACUGGGGCGGCUUAGCCGUCGCAAUCGACUGGAAUGGUUGCCAUGGAACCAGUCAGGAAGAAGGCGAAGACAAGCAUUGACUUCUGCGUGGUGACAUUUGGAGAAGCGAUGAUUCGCUUCCAGCCCUUGGAGCACACCAAGCCGCAGCUGCCGCAGAAGUUCCUCCGCUCCGUCGGUGGAGAUGAACUGAAUGUGGCUGUUGCUUUGUCCUUGCUGGGUGUGAAAAGCAAGUGGGUUAGUGUUGUGCCCAAAGGUCCCUUGGGCCAAGCGGUGAUGAGUUGCAGUGAGAUAUCUCCUUUGCUUCACAUCAGUGGCUUGACCAACGUGGAGGGAGACCUGGGCAUCUUCACCGUGCUGCCCGAGUCCAAGUCCGUUCAUUACCAGAGGAGCUUCUCGGCCUUUGCCCGUUGUGCAGAUCAGCUGCGGUGGCCCGUGGAGUUGGGCGACGCUUCGACCGCUUCGUGGUUCCACGUCAGUGGCAUCACGCCUUUGUUGGGCGACCCGGCGAAGAAGAGUUGGUUGGCAGCGCUGCAACAAGCGCGGCAUCUGGGUUUACCCACUUCGUUGGACCUAAACUGGAGAAAACAGCUAGGUACCUUAUCGGAUCUUUGGAGCAUUGUGAUGCCUGUGUUGGACACUUUGGAACUGUUGAUUCUUUCGGUGGAUCAGCUGCAGGGACUGGCAGAGCUCCUGGGUACAGAUCUUUCGGCUGCUGACGAUGACGCAUUUUUCGCCGUGAUGUCACGCUUGCAGCAAAAAGUGAAGUGCAGACGUGUGGCCAUGUGCCGAAAGACUCGAGAUGAAGGUAUCCAGUGUCGCUGGAGUUUGAUGGUUGAAGCUGACAUUCAAUGCAAAUCUGCUCCCAUCUAUCACGUUCCAAAGGAUGAAUGUGGAGGUGGAAGCGCCUGGGCUGCUGGCAUCAUCAUCGCUCUCCAGGACGAGCCUCAACAAUCUCAACAACUCAUCAAAGCUUUGCGUCAUGCAGAUCUAGUCGCGGCGCUUUGCCAAAACACCGAGGGCGACUUUUCGCAUGUUACAGUGGCAGAUCUGCGUGCAGCAGAAGCUUCUAUUGCAGCUGGGACCGGAGAGUGGGGAGUUUGGGAGACCAAACCCCAUCACAGCCAACUGAGUCAACUGAGCCACGUGCCCAAAAGUCCAAAAAGUCUGCCAUCUACGAGCAUCGAGGUGACAUUGGAAAAGAUGAAGAAAGCUUCGCUGCUGGCGAUCUUUCGUGUGAAAGGUUCAGCUCAAGUGGCCAUUGACCGAGGCGUGGAAUUGGCUCAGAUGGGAGUGAAAGCUAUGGAGGUCACCAUCGACAGCCCAGAUUGGAAGGAAAUCUUGUCGGGUUUGCGUGAACGACUCGACAGUGAUGUGUUGCUUGGCAUUGGGACAGUGAUGGAUGACACGGUCUCUGAAGUUGCCGUGGCACAAUCUUUGGGUGCAUCCUUUGCAUUGUCUCCCAUCGAUCCCAUUGGUUUCAUCGACGUUUGCAAAAGUCUGGGGGUUUUGGCCGUUCCUUCAGCCUUCACCAGCAACGAAUGCUGGUCCAUGCAUCGCCGUGGCGCACGACUCAUCAAGCUCUUUCAUGCAGGUUUGACCUCGCCGAUGAUCCUGAAACACAUGUUGGAUAUCAAACCUCUGGGGGACCAUUUGAACAUCUUGCCUUCAGGUUCUGUAUCCCCAAAGAAUGCAUCUGGAUGGCUUAAAGCAGGUGCAGUAGUGGUGGGGAUGGGCAGCAACCUGGUGGGAAAAGACAUCUCCCUGAAACCCGGAACGCCGGAAUUUGAUGCUGCUGUUGAGGAUUGGAAGAACACAGGACGACCCACUGUAGAGAAGCUGAUCAAAGAGAUCAAAGAGAUCAAAGAGCCACGAUAAAAAA